UUGCUCCGGGGGUCGAUAGAGGAAAUCUUUAAAUCUGACGAAGAUUAUGAGAUAGAUCCUUCCAGAAUUUGCUUAAGUGGAAAAGAAGGAAACUCCAGUUCUGAGCACAUUUCAUCAUCCUCUUCCUCCUCGUCCUCUUCUGCAGCUGCUGAAAAAGAUCAUGACCGUGAAACGCCCAUUAAUUUAUUUACUGCUAUUUUAAAUUACAUUUUAUCAUUUCAAAGUGAGCUUAGAUCCGUCUUCGCCAGUGUCCGCGAGGCGGUAGAGCCCAGGUUCGGCCACGACACCGCAGACCGACUCAUCUCCUCCAGCCUGUUCCUUCGCUUUCUCUGCCCUGCUCUCUUAGGGCCCGUCCUCUUUGGUCUGGCCAGCCAAGUGCCUGAAGAGCCUCGCGUAUCACGAAACCUCACCCUGGCCGCCAAAGUACUGCAAGCCCUGGCGAACCAAGCACACUUUGAAGAGAAGGAGCGCUAUCUCCACCAUAUAAAUGCCUUCAUAUCCCAGGAGAUACCAUCGAUGCGUGCUUUUUUGCGCUCGAUAUCUUCAUUUGAGCCGCCAGAAGAAAGUGCUGCGAAUCACCAUGGCACUGAUUCAAUCGAGUAUGAGAGACGAGUAAACGGGGCUACCUCUACCGACGACGCGGAGGGCCUUAAUAGACAGGUCAGAGAUGCGCAUUCUCGAACCGACCUUAGUGGGUCCCAUUCCACUGCCUCCUCGGCCAUGCUGUGCCCAUCGGUUGGCACGGGCCUAUCGUCCGGUAGUGGGCCGAGUUUUGGGUUAGCCACAUCGCCCCCAUGCAAUACAGAAGGACGCAACCCCCGAGCUGGCGGCGCCUUGCUUCGGCCAGUCAACUCAUUCAGUUCGUCGCGCAUCUUCCCACGAAACAGAGCACGCGCCUCCCUCGAGCUUGGUCAUCCGCAAUCGUAUUCUUCACCAAUGCCGCCACCAGAGCGUGUGGACGACCAAACGACCUGGUUGAAAACACAGAGUCACCUGACAACCGUUGGCCUGAUGACAAAAAUGACACCUGCAUGUCAUGAAUUCAUCGAUCUAGGCUACGAACUAGCCAACUUGCACUUGAGACUGGAGGAGGCUCUCUUGCAAAACCAGGUAUUUAGCCCUAGCAAUGGGCCGACUAUACCUUUCCUCCAUUUUGGAAUAUGA